AUGCAAAAUCUCCAAAAUUACUUAAAGCAAGUUCAAUAGAAGCUUAAAAUAAAAAAGUUUCAAAAGAUGUGGAAUUAUUGCAGUUAAUUUUAUGAAUUUGGAAUGUUGCACCCAACUUUAAAUAUUCUGUUAGGAAUUGAAUUUAGUGCACUUGCAUCAAGUCCAACUAAAUUUGUGCAACUUUUAUUAUCAAAACAUUUUUAUUUAUCUUAAAAUUAUCUAACUCCAAUGUAGACGAAAGAAUUUGAUGAUAUACUUUAAAGGUGUGAUGAAUUUGAUCAAAGAAAAUUGGGGUAAAAUAUAAAUAUAUAAAAUAAUAGGACGGUUAUUGGAAUGAUCUUAUUAGGAGCUAUAGGAUUUUUUAUAUUUGGGUUUGCCUUAAUAGGAGGAAUAGGAGGAGGAGUAUUAGGAGUGAUUGGAGGACAUUAAAUUGGGAAAAGAAUUAAGAAGACUUUAUAAAAUAAAUAAGAUUUAAAAGAAAUAGAUAUUUAUGAUAUAAGAAUUAGAACUAUGUUAAAAUGGGCAUAAUAAUAGUAAAAAAAAUAUAAUUAUAAUAUUAAUCUAUAAAGAUUUGUAACUGAAAAGAUCUUAACAGAAAUAAAAAUAGCUCUACAUUUUAAAUAUUUCUCAAACAAUAACUAAUCUCAACUUUAAAAACUUCUGAAAAAGACUUAUAUGUUUCUAAAUCAAGAUUUUUAUUUGUGUUCCAUAGAAUUAAGUUUAUUAUUAUUAAAAGAAGAAUUAAAAAUUUUAAAGUAUUUUAGUUUAUAGGAUUAAAACAUUUAUUUAAAUGAUGAAGAGAAAAAGCUUUUAAUUGAAUAAAACCAUUAUAGAAAUCAAUUAGAAAUUUCAGUUUUGAAAGGCAUAGACAAUGUUAUUAAACCUGUUGUAACAUUAUUUUAGAAUUAAUUACCAAAUAAUAAAUUACCUGAGAUAAUAAUAAAAGCUAGAUAAUUUAUUUAUUCAAAUGAAAUUGUUUUAUUAUCUAAAUAAUUUCCAGAUCCAUAAAUGAGUAUCUAUUAUAUAAAAAUGCUUAAUGCAUAUUUGAAUUAAAAAGUAAAUAAUAAUACAAGUCUAAAAUAAUAAGUAUAACAUUAAACUUUUAGAUAAUUAGAAAAUGUUGGUUAAGAUAUUUAAUGUUUUAUGCAGAAAUAAACAACAAUUUAAAAUAUUUAAUAAGAAGAUGAAAUAAAAAUAAAUAUAUAAUAGGAAUAGAUUGAAGAUUAAUAAUGUGAUAUUAUAGUAUAAAAUAAUGAAUCAUAAAUGGAAUUAGAAGAAAUAAUAAAUUAAAAGCCUAAAGAGAUUAAAUUAAAAUUGCAUUCUCAUCCAAAUAAGAUUUAUUUUUCUAAAAUAGAUCCGAAAUGCAAUUUGAAUUCAACUCCAUAAUUAUCUUAUGAUGAAAUAAUACAAAAUUUAGAAUUAUAAAAUUAAUUUAAUAAAUAUCCAUAACAUUACUGUUAAUAAACAAUAGAUAAAUUUGAAUUGUUUUUAUAAUUAAUAAAUGAAUAAACUAAUUAAUGGGAUUUAGCAAUAAAUAAUAAAGAUGCUCAAAUCUAUAAAACUUUUAGAGAAGGAUCUGACUCUGUAUUUAUUAAAGGAUUUGGAAUAAUAAAAGAUGUAAAUAUAUUAAUUAAUCAUUAAAUAGACAACAUUAGAAUUAGCAUUAAAGGUAGUUUAUGAUAUUAAUUUGAGAAGAUAAUGGUAAUAAAAAAUAAUAAUUAUAAUAGGGAUAAAUUAUUAAGAGAUUUCUAAAUAAUUAAAACAGAAUCUGAAGAUAUUGAUAUAGUUGCUUAUUAUGUACAACCUCCAAUAAGCUUAGUUACUCCAAGAGAAUGGGUUUAAAGAAGAAUUUUAAGAUAUGAUUUUCCAUAAAAAGGAUAAAUCACUUUGAUAUUUUAUUCUAUUGAUUAUCCUUAACAUCCAAUCAAUAAAAAUAGAAUUAGAGCACAUACUGAAAUAUCAUCAAUGAUAUUUGAAAGUUUUGAAUAAAAUAAUGUGAAAAUCUCGAUUUGUUCAAAUAAUGAUAUAAAAGGAUAUAUUCCAAAAAUGAUUGUAAAUAGAGCAAGUGCAAGUGGACCUGUGGAUUGGUUUAAGAGUUUAUAGAAUGCUUGCAAUAAAUAUAAAUGA